AUACAUCACUGCUUCCUACCAAUUCACCGGCCCAUGCUUGUCCCACGCCCUUCUCCACUCUUCUCUCUGUCUCUAUAUAUAAACCCCUUUCGUCCAACCAUUUUUCACACUCUCUCUCAAACCCAAAAAAAAAAAAAAAACCGUAAAAGGGUAUCCUUUUCUUUGCUUUCUUUUCUGUCUUUCUAUCAAUCUUUUUCUAGAACUUGAUUGAAUUUGAAGAUUUUGAAGAAUAUGGCUCUUGAAGCUCUGAAUUCUCCUACCACGGCUACACCUUUCAGCAACAAAUAUGAGGACAUCGACAACAAUUAUCUCGAGACAUGGAAGAAAGGCAAACGUACAAAGCGACCACGUACCGAUUCUCCACCGACUGAAGAAGAGUACCUUGCUCUCUGUCUCAUCAUGCUAGCUCGUGGAUCCGCCAACGACAGCACAAACUCCGCCGCUGCCAACGUCAACGGUGCAGAUGAUUAUCGUCAGUCUUCGUCGUCAUCGGUACUAGCAGCUGCUCCUCCAGCUUUAAAAUUGUCAUACAAGUGCAGUGUUUGUAACAAGGCUUUCCCUUCUUACCAAGCUCUGGGUGGGCAUAAAGCCAGCCAUCGGAAACCCUCCACCGACGCUGCUAACACCAACGCUGAUAAUCCAUCUACCACUAGCAUCACCACCAGCGCCACCAGCGUUAACGGUAGGGCCCAUGAGUGUAACAUCUGCCACAAGACUUUCCCUACAGGCCAAGCCUUGGGAGGCCACAAACGCUGCCACUACGAAGGUGGCAACAACAACAACAAUAACAACAGUAACAAGAGUGGUAACGUCAGCUUUAGCGUUAGUGGGGUGACGUUGUCAGACGGCGGUGCCUUGAGCCAAAGCCACCGCGUUGGCUUUGACUUUGACCUGAACUUGCCUGCUUUGCCAGAGUUCUGUGGGGAAAACAAAGAUGGAAGAUUUAGUCAAAUCUAUGCAGAACAAGAGGUUGAAAGUCCAUUGCCGACCAAGAAACCUCGUUUCAGCUUGAUUUCUAAGGAUGAGAAGCAGGAUUCUUCUUUAGCACAAGAUUAAUUUUGGAUUUAUAGAAUUAAUUGAAUUUACAAAGAUUAAUGAUUUUAUUUUUCAUUUUAUGUUUAAUUGAUUAUGGGAUUUGUAUUUGAUGAAUUCUUCUGUACAGGGAAUUUGUUCAUUGUC